CUCUGCAUGGUCGUCGUCCAUGAUGUCUGAGCUGGCUCUGGAAGAGCUCUCUGCCCUGAGCGCCAUUUACUGCGGAAGGGAAGAGUGUGACGUCCUGGCAGUCUCAGAGACGGAGGGAAUCUCAUUUCGGAUUCAGACCAGUGUGAAAGGACCUUUGGGCACGGAUGUAUUGCUAAAGCUGCUGUUUCAUUUACCAAUCAGUUACCCGUCAAGCUUGCCGAAUAUCUCUGUUACCUCUGAGCAGCUUACAAGGACACAGUGUAUGGUUGUGAGGGAGAGAUUACUUGAAGAAGCAAAGAGACAUUUUUCACAACCCAUGGUACAUGAGCUGAUUCUCUGGAUACAGCAGAAUCUUAAGCAUGUUGUUGAGCAAGCUGAAACUUCAGUCUGCUGCCAGAAGAGUACUCUAUCAACAUGCACCACCGAGGAUGAUGGUGUCUGGACCGUCCUUCUGCAUUUAGAUCAUAUGAGAGCUAAGCGAAAAUAUGUCAAAACAGUGGAAAAAUGGUGCACAGAUCUAAAUCUGAGGGGAAGACUGAUGUUCAUGGGAAAGAUGAUCCUGAUUCUUCUUCAGGGAGACAGAAGAAAUAUUAAGGAAUAUCUCAUCCUUCAGAAAACUAGCAAGGUGGACAUGGAUUCAAGUGGAAAGAAGUGUAAAGAGAAAAUGAUUAGUGUGCUCUCUGAAACAAAAGCACAGACAGAACACAGGAGGUUUCAAGAAUUUGAAGUCAAAGAGUAUUCAACUCUGGAUGAGCUACAAAAUGAAUUCAAGGUUGCAGGACUUGGAGAACUGUUCAGUGAGUUUGUGCUGGCUCGAUUAAAGUGAAUUUUGAAGCAAACGCAUCUGGCUGUGACUAAAACUGUCAUUGAAUGGAUCCAGUGGAUGCUGAAAGAAGAUAAAAUGAAGGCUUUCGUAGAGAACAGCUCUUAAAGCUUUUCUCUAUUGCAAAAUGUCAGGAGGAAGAAAAGUCUCCUUUGCCAGGAACAAAAGGCUGUUCUCACACUCAGAACAGAUAAUGCUUGUGACUGUCUCCUCUGACAACUUUUUCAGGGAAUUAUUACAGUUUUUCAACAGUUGGUAUUUAAAAGCUAUAGGCAAGCUGUGAAAGAUGGUGGAGGGAUCCAUUUUCCUGGGAUUUGGAUGGAAGGAUUACAGUGAUUUCUCAGUCUCCUGCAAUUAACAGUUAUUAUAAAAUUUUUUUGUUUCAGAUGGUUUUCACUCUGCUUCUACUACAAUCAUUUUUUUCUUCCUUUCACUUACACUUACAAAUUGUAAUACUAAAAACAAGUUAUACAUGUUUCACUUUGGGUUUAUUUAUUACCUUAUCUUUUGGCUCAAAGAACUCCUAAUUUAGUUUAAUUUGUAAACUUCCUUUCCAGGUAAUGGAAAAAAAUCAGAAUUCAAAAUGACCUUAAUGAUUGGAAAACUGAGCCAAAUCUAACAAGAUGGAUUUCAAGAGAGAGAAAUGUAGGGUACUACACUUGAAUAGUAAAAAUGAAAUGCUCAUACACAAGAUGGGUCAUGCCUGGCUCGAUGACAGUACAUGCAAAAGAGAUUUAGGAGUCUUAGUGGACUGCAGGCAGAACAUGUGUCGGCAGUAUGAUGCAGCAGCUAAGGUAGUUCAGUUCUAGGUGGCAUCAGUAGACGUAUAGCAUCUAGAUGGAGGGAAGUAAUAGUACCACUCUAUUCUGCUUUGGUCAGACCUUACCUGGAAUAUUGUGUCCAGUUCUGGGCAGCACAGUUCAAGAAGGAUGAUAACAAGGUGCAGCAUGUCCAGAAGAGGGUGUCCUGAAUGGUGAAAGGUCUGGAAACGUGCCCUUCAAGGAGAGGUUUAGGGAGUUGGAUAUGUAUAUUCGGGAAGAGAAGGUUAAGAAGUGAAGUGAUAGCCAUGUCUAAAUAUUUGAAGGGAUGGAUCAAGCUUGUUUUCUGUUGCUCCAGAGAGACUAGGAGAUGAAGCAAUGAUUCUAAUUACAGAAAAAGAGAUUCCACCUAAAUAUUAAGAAGAACUCCCUGAUGCUAAGAGCUGCUUGACAUUUUGUCUCAGAGUGUGGUGGAUUCUCCUUUGGAGGUACCUGAAACAGAGUCUGGAUAACCAUCUGUUGGGAGUGCUUUGUGUAUUCCUGCAUGGCAAGAGGUUGGACUGGAUGGCCCUUGUGAUCUCUUCCAACUCUACGUUUAUGUGAUUAGACAAUUCUGUGAUUCUACUCCUGCAGGGGUCGGGGCCUCCAGAGAUGGUGGAAAUGGCCUCCAUAUCUUGUAGAAAUUGUUGGAGCAUUUUAGAGCCAAAAAAGGUUUUUGCAAAAUACAUUUUUUAAUCCCCGGGGUACUCAGGGGACCCCAAAAUGGCUCUGGGGGAACACAUUUUGUCCACAGGCUACGCUUUACCCACAUCUGCCUUAAAGGUUUUAUUCAAAAAUUAUUUUUGUAUGCUUUGAAAUUCCUUACAACAUGAAGCAGCUUCUGUUGGAACAGAUCAUUGGUCUAAUGCUAAGUUGAACUCCAAGAUCUCAGGUGAAGUCAUUCCCAUGCCUUCCAUCUGAAACUUUUAACUGAUAGUACUGAGGUUGCAUGCACCUUGGGCCUUUUUCCAUGGGAAGUGUGCUUUUCUACUGUGCUGUUUCCCCUUGCAUUUGAUAAAAGUCAGCUGAACUGAAUUAGCUGGCAAGAUGCCUCAGCUGUGCCAGCAAGAGAACCCUGCAAAUUAAUUGUGAUUAUUCAGAAAUUAUCAUUUUUUUAACCAAUAUUAAUGAGUAUGUGAAGUCUUAUGGUCUCCAUUUCCAGAAAAGGCUGUUCUCGUCAUUUUUCAAUACUGUAUAGAGAAAAAAUAAAUCUCUGUGGACUGGAAGUUUAGACGUUGCAAUUCCCUCUGAUUGGAUGGGAAAGCCCUAGCAUUAAGAACCUGUUGGUGAAGCAAAACUAAAUAGGUGUUUAAUGUUAAAUAACAGAGCUGAGAAAGGUUACUUUUUUGACUACCUCUCCCAGGAACCUGCUAGCUAGCAUCACAUCUUGUGCUAGAACUGUAGGAAGCAAGGUACAUUACAUGCCUGGUUCCAGUACUAGAACCCAUUAUCCUGAUCCAGAGUUGCUUGCUGUUCCCUAGGUGUCCAAUGUAGCCACUUCUGACACUAUAGACAUUAUGCAGGAGUGAUAGCAUGACUAGAAUAAAUUCUGCCAAAACUGAUAAGAGUGCACCACUUGCACCAAAGUUCAACAUGGUAGAUGUAGGGUUAUAUCCCCUGUGUAGUUAUAUCCUGUGCAUCCUCUGUUUUGUAUUUCCUAGUGAAUAGUCCAGGCUGCUGUUGGUAUGUCUGGUUUUCUACUUCUCUCUGUGGGUUGCCCUUAAACAAAUCAGGGAUCAUUUCCCCCACCUCCUUUGUGAUGCUGAGAAAUACUCAGUUGCAUACAAUAUGGCUGAACCUCUUUGGAGGUUUAAGCUCAUCAAACUUCAAUGAGCUUCAUAAUUUUUUCCCUGCAGUGUUUUCAACUUCAAACCAUAUGGUAAAUGUCAUUUUAACCCACACUUCUUUAUUUAAUGAGACAAAGUAAAAAAAAAAAAAGGUCACUUUAUAAGUUUGUGUGGUAGACAUUUUAGCAUUUUGUCUAGAGAUCUAUAUAAUUUUGAAACAGAUUUUCCACGUCACAUUUAUAUCAUAUGCAUUUCAGAUGGCAAUGUGUGUUUUUCUUCACACCACCAAUAAAACACAAAUGCAGAACAUUCAAAGGGGAAGAGGGCAUGUGUUCAAACAAUUGUCGGGAUGUGGCAUGCUGUACUGGGUUCAGGCUAUAGAUGUAAAGAAUGCUUGUAUAUUUUCUUAUCCUUAACAAGAAUACAUCAGUACAUCUCAGUCUGUUAUCAAAAAUCAUAUGCGCAAAUUUUAGUGGGUUUUUUUUUGCAUUGGAGACUUUCUGCCAAAUUUUUGUUUUGUACAAAACCCAGAGUAUUUUGUGGAAAAAAAGGGGUUUGCACAAAGAUUUCUUGUCUUCAUGUAAAAACAGUGUUCUUGUACAUGAAAUGUAUUCUGCACAAAAUAUAGUAUUUUUUGCAGAAAUGAAAUUUUCACUAAAAAAAAAGACCUGAAUUUUUUGUUUUUUUUCAUGUGCAAGAACAAAGUAAGUGCAAAUUUACACUAGUAGUAAAUUUAGAAGGUGAUUUCACACUUUAGAAGGUAUGCUUUUAUAUCUCCAUUUUGUCUCAUCUAAAGCCUGUUGUCAGAUACUGUACAAGAGGACUAUAGUGUCAUGCCCUGCUUCCAGAACAUGGACCUGGAUUCUUCUGACCGAAGCAGUGGGCCUGCUGGGAUCUCCUGCUGGACCAGAUCAGGAGGAGGUGGUUCCUGAGCCACACGUCUCAGAGACAGACCAGAGUGCAGUACUAGCUCUAGCAGAGGAUCCUGCCCAUUCAGAUGCAGAAGACAGUUUACCCCUACCUAUCUUCACAGAGUAGAGACAACAAAGGAAGGUCUUGACGAGAUCUCAGAGGAUUUAUAGAAAGAUUUAAUUACUGUAUAUACUCAACUAUAAGUGGACCUCAUGUAUAAGUUGAGGGAAGGUUUUGGGGCCAAAAUUAAGGAUUUUGAUAUGGAUUUUGAUAUGACCCAUGGAUAAGCAGAGAGUAAAACAAAAGAUAUAAAGGCUGAAGCAAAGGAAAACAAUACCAAAGAACUUACAAAACUUUGGAAGGCAUAACUGUUCAUGCUCACCUUAAAGGCUGGAUGGAGGAGACGGUAAUGGUGGUUGUGUGAUAUAUUGGGGAGGUGUCCAAGCACAGGUGGGGCUAAGAAAACACACACAUACCAGAAAAGAUGAAAAGGCAAAGCAAAGAAAAUGGCAACUUUUUAAUAUAUAUAAUUAAGUGUUUUUAUUUGUUUUAUAGUAACAAUACAAAACAAACAAUACAUACAUAACAAAUAGCUGCAAAUAAUCAAAUCUGCAAAAGUCAAAGCCACAAAUGUGGGGGGCUGACUGUAUUAUUCUUCUGAGUGUUACAAGUCUUUCUUGUUUUCCUGCAACAGAAUGACUCAGGGACCUAAAGUACCUCUUUUUGCAUACAUUCAUGUGUACCACAGCAAUUUCAAAUUUCACAAGAAUUCUGUCCUAGCAGUUUUCACUUCUUUUUCUUGAUUGCUGCCUGUGAUAAAGAACCCCAUAAGAAAUCUCAUAGAUACUACUUUGGGGAACAUUGUCACAAGGAGGAAAGUUAUUGGUAUGGAUUGUUCAUAUCCUGGCCCUAAAAGAUUUGGUGUGACAUCUCAGAAAUUUCCACGUUUGGUGAAAAAGCUAGUGCCAGCCAAACUCAGGUCAUGGCAAUUUCUUAAGAGGAAAACCUUACAAUUGCACAUGGUAGUUGCAUCCUAGGAAAAAAACGGUAUAUAAAUACCUUUACUAAUGCUAUUGUUUCACUAGUCAUCUAGGUCUCCUUGAAACCUCAUUCGUAUUCAAGCCUUAUUGCUAUAAAUGGCAAUAGCUGUGGUUGACAGAAGUCCUUGCUGACUUGCCCUAUAAUGACUGGAGCAAGAAACUCAUUGAAAGUUCUUAAGCACACAAAAUGUGCCAUUUGAACAUUCAUAAAUGAGGGGCAAUGCAAGGAUGUCGGGGCCAUGUUGCAGCUGUUUUAUAGCAUCACUUCAUUCACCAAGCAAGAGGGCUGAUUAUUUGUUCCAAGGGGCUUGAUUAUCUGCCAAGUCCAAAGAUAAUAACAGAUGCUUUGAGCAUUGAUCUUCUAUCACCUGCUUAAUUUGUUACUCACUGUUCUUAAAUUGUCUAAAUUGACAUAUCCAUUCAGCAUAAGAAAUGACUUGAGUUUUUCUGCUUAAUUUGACAUACUUUAAAAAGAGCAUGAUGCUGCUCAGACAUCUGGAGGAGAACAUCAAAGUAGAUGUCAGCCUGAUUUAUCAAAGGAAAUGUUCCUGCUUAUCCAUCUAUCAGCCAAUGAUAUUAAAACGCACAAGGAGGUCUUGCAUUCAGACGAGCAACCAGCUUCUUUAAGGAGUUGUCCUUUCUGAGGCAGGUUGAUGGAUGCUUUGCAGAUAUUGUAGGUAUCUGUUUUAAAGAGGACAUGACCAAAAGCCACUGGUCCUUAUGAGUGUGAUGAACUAAAAAGAGUUUGCCAAGGUGUCUUCUAUUUUCCGUCCAAAGUAAGAAGCUGAAACAAUGAAAUGACAGUGUUGGCCCUUGGGAGAUAAGCAAGUAAUAACCAGGGAGGUGAUUGAAAGAGGCAAUGAGAACAUCAGAGAGAGCAAAAAGGUGAUAUUAAUUAUGUCAUUAGCAUAAGUGAGUGUGUACGUGUUUAAAAAGAAGAGUUGUUGGGAGGUAGGACUGGAUCUGGAUUAGCUUUCCUUUCUCCAUAUGGUAUUGUUGUGUGCCUUCAAGCUGCUUCUGACUUUUGGUGACCCCAAGGCAAACAUAUCAUGGUGGUUUCUUGGCAUGUUUCUUCAGAGAGGGUUUGCCAUUGUCAUCCUCUGAGGCCUUAAGGAGUGUGGCUUGCCUAGGGUCAACCAGGGGGGUUUAUGACUAAGCAGGGAUUCGAACCCUGUUCUCUAGAGUCAUAUUCCAAAGCUCAAACCACGACGCCACACUGGCUCCACAUGUAUAUUUAAACUGGUUAAAAUAACCUUAUUGUGUGCUGCCCUGAGAUAGAUGAGGAUAUAAAUAUUUGAACAAAUUAAUACAUUAAAAUUUUGCGAGUUGGGUUUUAAUCCUUUUUCCCACUGGGUUCCAAUCAAACUUAACCAUCCUCACAAGCACUAGCCAGCCUUCCUUCCUUCCUUCCUUCCUUCCUAGAAAUGACAUCAUUAAUAGCAUGUUGAUUUCUGCCUUGAACCCAAAUGCUUCUUUGCAUCAUGCAGAUGUUGCAAAGAAUGCAUCCAUAAAUUGCAUCAUUGCUUGCAACGUGUUUGUUUCAGGGCAAUUGUGUUGGCAAUGUUGUUCCCUUUAAAAAGUAAUGGGUAAAUAAGUUAAUUUUUAUUUGUUUAUACAUUCUUCCUGAGAUAUUACUGGGAUGGGGGGCAUUUUGACAAUUUUUUGGUCAUUUGGGGCCAUUUUAAAGUAUACACAGUAUUUAAAAAACCUUCAUAGCAGAUAAUGCUAUAAACUACUCUUCUAAUAAUCAUCCAGCUAUUUUUUUAAACAGGAAUAGCGAACAAGUAGAAGUACUCAAAAAGUAAUGGUCUCUCUAAACUCUGCGAAGAAGAGAAACUGGGACAUUUUAAAAGGAGUUGAAAAAAUGGGAUGACAGAGGAAUAAUAGGGACUGUCUUGUCCAAAUAAAGACAGCUGCAGGGUAUGCAGCUGCUUUAACAGUAUUCUCCUUAUUAUACCUGCACAAAAAAGUGCAAAAUGGGCAAGAGGCUAGGGAGUUUUUUUAAUGCUGAGCAAAGUCAGAUUUUGAGCUUAAUUAGAUUUAUGUUUGAGAAAAGCAACUGAAAAUCCAAGGUACUGAAACAAAAUAUAAAUAAAAAUAGAGAAGGUACAUGCUUCUACCUUCCAUAGCUGAAAACGGAUAAGAUUUCUUUUUAAAUGAACUGCUUUCUUUGGACUGUUUUGUAAAUGAAAGUAACACAAUGGUGUUGUUCAAGGGUAUAAUAGAUCAUUGUAGGUCCUGUGUUUCUCUCUGAACUUGAACCAGUAACUGUCUUUAUGACAAUAAGCUAUAAUUAUUGAAAUAAUUUCAUAUUUCAUAGCAUUAGAAUGUAUUUUAUGUCUUUUUCAUGUUUUACAUGAAUACCAUUCUUUGGAAUUUGUAUAUUUAUGCUUAAUUUUAUGCUAUCUUGUGUGGGAAAUAUGUAUUGUCUAACUUAAUUAUAGGAUUUAUAGGCGUAAAUGGAACUUAAAAUGAAAAUAUGCUAAUAGAGUUUUAGAGUUAUUGUUCUGAGCUGUUCUGAGAUAUGUGCUCUUGAAUCAAUAUUAGUUUGGUUGUCUAGACUCAUUCACAGCAAUAUCCUCCAGCGAAGAACUUCUUUUUUCAAGAGAGGGAAAGUAAAGAGGGGGAAAAAAUCAUUUGCCUUUAAAAAGAAGUGUUGCAUAUUAAUUCAUGACAUUCUUUGUAUUUUAAGAAUAAAAUCCUUUAAGACUU